CGAUUCAAGCUCUGCGUUAAACUUGUGAUUCAUUCGCUUCGUGUAUCUCCUAAGAUGAAGACGUUCUCUGCUUGGAUUCCUUUGUUUGUUUUGUUGCUCGGCCACCAGGCUGCUUCCCAGUUCCUGGAGCCAUCCUGUGGAUUCGUACUCAAUCCCAAUAAGAAUGGUGGAGUUACACAACCUUCUGCCUGGAUGGCAUCCAUAAGUAAUGCAACACAAUUUCUAUGUGGAGGCUCGUUGAUUCAUAGACGCUUUGUUUUAGGUGCUGCUCAUUGCAUAAAUGGCCAAACAAGUCUAUACGUAAAUUUGGGAGAUGACACUACUACGCAGGAAAGGCAUUCCUAUACAGUAACAUCGGCUAUAAUUCAUCGACUGUUCUCCGAAGAAAAUCUCGAGAGUGAUAUAGCUCUGCUAAAGUUGUCGCACAGCGUCGACUUUAGUGACAAAAUUUUUCCAAUAUGUAUAGUGUUGGACACCUCUAUUAAGAGCUUUGUGCAGAUGACACUAAAGUUCAAUACCUAUGCAAUUGAUCCAAAUAGUAGUGGUGAAGAUUUUUUAAGAAUUACCAUCGAUCAUCUAAAUCCAAAGCAAUGCAAACAAAUAAUGGCUGUUGGUCCCAAUUCGAAUCAGAUAUGUGUAGCUUAUCCGAGUCCGCAGAUCGAAAAUGUCGAUUCCGGGAAUCCGUUAAGUCAACUUCUAAUUCUUGAUCCAAGCACAAACUCGUAUCGCGAAGUUCAAGUGGGGAUCGCAAGCAGAAUCAACUCCAUUGGAACCGGUUUUUAUACUGAUGUGGUAGGCUACGGGGCCUGGAUUUCAGAAAAAAUAAAGGAUGCUGACACUGAGGACUUGCCCGAGACAGUCCAACCAGGACCAACAAGGCCAACUGAAGCUCACAAUUCGAGGAGUCCAUCAGUGGCUCAGAAUCAGGGAAUCUGGUUGUAUAGCGACUGCGGUGGUUACAACUUAGAAUCGUACUUGAUGGCAGAAAUUCGUGGAGCUAACUACUUUGCCCACGGUGUCUUUAUUACAGACAGGUUUAUCAUUACAAUCGCCAACGGUUUGCCGAAUAAUAUCAGAAAAGUGAUUCCGAUGGGAGUUAAUACAUAUCCAUACCCUUCCGUAGCCGUUGACUCGAUCAAUAUUCAUCCGAGUUUUUCAGGCGAUUACCAGCACAACAUUGCGUUGAUCAAACUGAGGCAACCAGUUAACAUAAAUGGCUUGAAACCAAUCUGUUUGAUACGAGCAGCGAAGAAAAUGUUUCAACGGGGCUUAGAAUCUUCCCCGCCUUUUGCAUUCCAUGAUGCCGUAUUAACUGAAACAAAGCAAAUCAUAUCCACCCGGAAUGUGGAACUCGCAAAUCCCGCCGAUUGUUCAACUAAUCAAAGUGUUCUCGGAGAAAGUCAGCUCUGUGUGCCAUUUCCUCCCGUAAUGAAUCAACUUUAUGGAUACCGAGGCGACGUAUUGGGCAAACAGAUGAUGUAUUCGGGAAAAGAAUGGUUUGCCUUGUUUGGCCUGGUCAGUUAUACUACGGAUAGAGCUUUCGUUCUCACAAAUGUUAUGAAGUAUUCCGAUUGGAUAGAGCAUGUUAUAACGAAUACUUAAUAACUGCUUACAAAGUCUUUCUAUUCAAAAUAUUUUAUCAAUUCUUGUUUAAUCUAUUUUUUGGAUUUUUAACAACAACAACUUUGCUUCGGGAAAAAGAGAAGAUUUUAAUUGAAAACAAAAUAAUUGCUAAAACAUUUGAUAUUAUAAGUCUAUGCUAUCCCUUUCUUUUCAUUAAUCUCAU